GAGGGGGGAGGGGUUGGAAGGGGGGUUCUUACGGUUCUGACGACAUACCAGCCUGAGCAUGAAAGUUUGGCUGAGACCUUCCCAGAUCGCUCGUGAGCCACAACCUUUUGUUCAUCUACGCUUUCGGUGCUUGCUCCAGGGAACAUGGGUUUGGGUUGAAAAGCUCGGCCCGGAGAGACUUUUUUUCUCGCAUGACGGAAGGGGAAUCAUGUUGCAGUAUCAAAAAGAAAGAGGAGAUCAAGGUGUCUGGUACGUCGCAUGCUGCUCCGUCAACGUGCCGGUCUCAUUGGCCUUUUCGUUUGAUGCGGCUUACCCCGUCCGGUUCCAGCCCUCUGAGGCUUUCGUCUGUUUGCUUACAGUUCGCGACUUCUCACAUUCUUCCAAUGUCAAAGUCCACUCCACCCCUGUUUUGGCGCCCACGAUGGAAUCAUGCUUCUGGCAGAACCGAGACAACGCGCAAACUGUUUUAGUAUUUCCGAUGUCGAUGAAUUAUUAGGUUCCCUGGCAAGCUGUAAUGUCUUCCAGCCGAAAGACUUUAGCUCAAGGAAUCCAACUCUUCCUUUAUCAGCUUCUCACUUCUUUAAUAACGUUAGCGAGGUCACUAACUGCCUUGCACUGAUGUGUACUUUCUUUUUUGUACUUGUAUCUAGGCUCCUUAGCUCAAGGAGAAAGAAGAAGAAGAAAAUGAAGAAGAAUAAGAAGAGGAAGAAGCCCAGUAGGUCUCGGCGAUGAGGCUGCACUCCUCACUCUAGCUUCUAGCGUUAUGUCUUGUGUUGAACCGCUGCUACCUAUCGAGAGGGUGUUUGAAACAAGAGCGACUGGAUAUUUACGAUGCUCGUUGACCACCUGUUGACUGAAAGAAUCGGCGUCAAUACUACUAGAUGCCUCACUUGGAAGUCAGAUCACUCUUGCCGU